GUUGCUCGGUCGCAAAAGAAAAAGGGUGCAAAAUUUGCCUUGCUUUCGAUUACUUAACACUCACACUAUCGGGUGCAAGUUUUUCCUCCGUCGUUCCGGUGAAUAAAUAUCGAAGAUGCUCCGUUUUGCGGCUGGCCGUGUGCUGGGCGGACUUCGCAGCGCCGCUGGGCUGAAGAGCAGCCAACCGAUGGUGGGUGCGAUGGUGGUGCGCCACUCGCACAGCAACGAGACGGACGAGGAGUUCGAUAAACGCUACGAGGCGUACUUCAACCGGCCGGAGAUCGAUGGCUGGGAGGCCCGCAAGGCGAUGAACGAUCUGCUCGGCAUGGAUCUGGUGCCGGAGCCGAAAAUCAUCGUGUCCGCGCUGAAGGCAUGCCGCCGCCUGAACGACUACGCGCUGGCCGUCCGCUUCCUGGAGGGCGUGAAGGACAAGUGCGGUGACAAGACGAACGAAAUCUACCCGUAUCUGCUGCAGGAAAUUCGCCCGACGCUGACCGAGCUCGGCAUCGACACGCCGGAAGAGCUGGGCUACGAUCAGCCCGAGCUGGCACUGAAAUCGGUGUACGAUAUGCACUAAAAGCGGAAUGCCCCGGUCGUCGUCGAUGUGUGAGAUGAGGAGCGGCGUGUGUGUGUGUGCGGUACGUGUGCGGUAGCCUCUGACGCCCCCAAAACCCCCCAACCCCUCGGCGGGGGACCGGAAGGGGCUUAGUCGUGGUCGUUUUGUCAAUAAUAAAUAAAUACACAGAGCCCAGCUGUUACAUAAUUGGACAACAA